UGCCCUGCGAUUGGCUGGCCACCAGUUCGGAGUCAGCUGGGAUAGGCUCCAGCACUUCCGGGAUCCUUAUGGGGAUAAGCGGCUUAGGUCAUGGAUGGAUAGUUAAUUACUCAACAGAAUUGUCAAUAGGGUGCGCCUUGCAGGCAAAAGAUUUGAACUAAUGCAAUGAGUCUGACCCACCCUGGUCAACCAGUCCCCGCCUCCACUUGCUGCGGCGAGUUGCAGGAGGUGCGCCAAGUGCACAAAUUUGCUGGCCUUUCCCCCACCCCCCACCCCUCAGUUCCUCCGAUUUGCGCCCCUGCAAUGCAAGGAAGGCGUCGGACGAAUCCACUCCGGUGAGACCAAAGCGCCAUGGAGUCCUCUCUGGAGUUGUCCAACUCUUUGGGCAGCGUGUCGUCGCUGCUGAGCGGCUGCCGGACCUUCAAGGUGCUGGUGAUCGGGGACUCCGCGGUGGGCAAGACCUGCCUCACGCACCGACUCAGCGCCGGCCACUUCCCCAGCGCCGCGGAGGCCACCAUCGGCGUGGACUUCCGAGAGCGAGUCCUUGACGUCGACGGGGAGAUGAUCAAGCUGCAACUGUGGGACACGGCGGGACAAGAGCGCUUCCGCAAGUCUAUGGUGCAGCACUUCUACCGCAACGUGCACGCGGUUCUCUUCGUGUACGACGUCACGUGCCGGGCCAGCUUCGACAGCCUCUCGGGGUGGGUGGAAGAGUGCAGGCGGAACUCUCUCGGCCAGCAAGUCCUCAGUUUCCUGGUGGGGAACAAGAGCGACCUCCGCGACGUCGUAAGAGCCGACGUCCUGGUGAGCCAGGAACUGGCGAUCAGGUUCGCCAAGGCCCACAACAUGACGUUCUUCGAGACGUCGGCCAAAUCCACGAGCGGGCGGCAGCGGGACGCGGUGGAGGACGUCGUCAAUGCCGUCGGCGCCCGGCUGAGGAGGCACAAGGGUCCCGGUGCCGCGUACAACCCGUCGUACAGCGGCUCUUUUAAAGUUUUCAACAAAAAAAAACAGGAGAAGGAAAUGUGGAGUUGCUGCUGAACGACGAGAGGAACAAUCGGGAAGGAUUGAGAGACACUUCAAUAUUUAUACUUUUUAACGUGGGCCGGGUUACACUUUCAUAUGUUGUAUAUUUUCUAAUCUUAUUCUUUAUUAAUUACCAAAUAAACUAAUGUGAAUAGAGA